AUGCCAGACUCCAACACAAGCACACCAAAUGAAACCUACCUUCAGAGCCGUCUAUCACCGGGCCAAUUCCAAGCCACGGUGGACUUUUAUGAAGCUGAUCGUCAAUUGACCACAGAAGACAGAUUGAAAAUCCAAAAGGAGCUUCAAUCCGUGCUAGUAUCGAACAAUUUCAUUGGGUACUCUGCUGGGAUGGUUGGAAUGCUUUCACCUACAAUUUACUACAGGUUCUUUAAGCGGCAAACUUCCAAUAAGGUUUCGUUUAUCCAAAAGCCAUUUUUAUCGUUCUUCAUUGGAUUGGCAAACAUGAUGAUUGUAAGCUCGAUUGUUCGACAGAGGGGGUUCAACGAUAAGUUGACUAGUGGCGAUUUGACUCCACGACAACAGGAAGUUUGGAGGCACAUGGAUUGGAAGAACAUGCCUGGUUUCUACUACUACUACUUGAAAUCUGCCCAGGAUCCGAGAUAUAAAUUGCAUGACCCACGCACUAUAAAGAUCGAUCCACGCACAAGAAGGCCUGUGGAGACAGAUGCCGACAGAUCUGGAGGCGCGGUUCAAUUUGAUCCGCUGGUGUACCGAGACAAGCAGUUUGAAACUCACCAGCAGGAAGAAUUUCAUCGUCCUAGCUUUACCCAGGGUGUCGAAGACCACCGGAAUCUAUCGCAUUGGGAUCAGAUUCGAUUAGCGAAUGGGUUUGAUGUUACCUUGGACCAGAAACAGCCAAAUGUGGCCCAAGAGAGUGCACGAGACUCCUUCACUGAUGGGCUAAAUGAGCCACCGGUUCAGGGUCAAAAUGAAUCCCCGAAUACGUCUCAGUCCUCCUGGGAGAAGUUAAGAAGCCAAAAAUGA